AUGUAUGCCGACGUGCCCGGCAAUUACCUAGCACUGCUUAUUUACGGGUAUUAUAUUAAGCUUCAUACUACCCCUACCCCAAAACGCAAGCGCACAAUACUCAGAGCGCGCUGCAACACGAUCAUCCCCGCGGGUACUGGCGCAUCUAUGGCGGCAGACAUCUAUUUCUCGUUAGACCACCUUUUCCAGAGUUUGCCUAUACCAACCGAAGACGAGGAACCUAAUGAUCUACCAGCGGGAGCCCCAUUCAUCGUCGAACCACCCGACGACGAUACAGAGAUACAGCGAGCAGACGUUAGUAAGGAAUAG